AUGGCUUUUAAUAAUAAUGAACAAGGUGAAUGGUAUACAGUUUCUUGUGGUCAAUGCACAUUUACAUUACCUGUAAGAUAUCAAAAUUUGGGUCUUAUUGGACAGGGAACUUAUGGUAUUGUAGUUCGUGCAACUGAUACUGCAACAGGUAAAUAUGUAGCUAUUAAAAAACUUCUUCGUCCAUUUCAAACUCAUAUACAUGCAAAACGAACUUAUCGAGAGCUUAAAUUACUUAUGUAUCUCAACCAUCCUGAUGCACAAGUUAUACAAUUAUAUAAUGUAUUUACACCUGAACAGGAUGUAAACGAAUUUCAAACAUUGUAUGUUGCAAAAUACAAUUGUUUGAUGAAGAUUUUUUGUUUUUUUUUU